AUGUGGCCCCACUGCCUCUGUACGGUUCAGUUCGAAACGUCUCUCUUCCAGACGCUCUCCUCCUCCGAUUUACAUUCGAUUGUCUCUGUCUUGGUAAAAUAUGGACGAAUACUGACUGCACGACAAUCACUGUAUGCAUAUUGCUAUGACCUUUGUGGGCCAUUCUAUGGACGUACCACCCGACUCCCAGUGCAAUGCAUUGGGAUCAGGACUGAUGAGGACUCCCCAGGAGGGCCGUUUCUCGGGUUAUGGACGGUCAAUUGA